AAGCCGCCGUGCACUCAUUCAGGCAACUCAUUCAGGUUCACCGGCAUAUCACUUUCGUCCGGCUCCAUUUGGUCCUCCUACGAUCAUAACAGUUCCCCAGGUUUCCUGAGCGAUUGGGGGCCAUCACACGCUUGUCUAGGCGUUCGGCCUUAUAAGUCCCGGGAGAUGUCAACUCAAAUGAAGUUCCUACUUGCAAGUAUCUGUCCCACGACGCCUUAGACUCGGUUUGGCAGCCUGCCAUGUCGAAAGUCGUACUUGUAACUGGUUGCUCGAAGGGCGGCAUUGGAUAUGCACUAUGUGAAGCUUAUGCAGCGCAAGGAUGCAUCGUCUACGCAACCGCGCGCAGAAUAGAAUCCAUGGCCGGGUUCACGCAUCCUAACAUUCAUACCCUGAAGCUGGACGUCUUGGAUGACGCGAAUGUUCAGGAAGUCGUGAAAACGAUUGUUGACAAAGAAGGCAGGGUUGAUAUUUUGGUGAACAAUGCCGGUGCCAUGGCUGCUGGUGCUAUGCUUGACCAGAGCAUUGACGAUGCUCGACGCGCGUUCGAGACCAACACGUUCUCCGUGUUGAGGCUGGCUAAAGCCGUUGCGCCUCAUAUGGCUCAACGCAAAAGUGGAACUAUUGUAAACAUUGGUUCCGUAGUCGGUGAAAUUCCCACACCCUGGAAUGGCAUGUACUCCGCAACCAAAGCCGCAACGCACAUGAUCUCUGAUACCCUCUGGAUGGAAUGCAAACCCCUCGGUAUCAACGUGACACUUGUAGUCCCCGGCGCUGUCAAAUCCAACAUCACAGCAAAUCAACAAGCCAUCUUCAAACUCCCCGAGGAUUCGUUGUAUCCUGCCUAUAUCUCUCAGAUCAUGCGCCGUAUCAGUUCGAGCCAGGGUCCUGGGAGUAUGCCUUCAGAGGAGUUUGCAAGGCAGGUUGUGAAGAAGACUGUCAGGAACAAGCCGCCGAGGUAUUUGACGCUUGGAGGGAGAAGUAGGCUGUUCCAAUUCUUGCAGUGGUUGCCGAGGACUUGGGCGUUGAGGUUUUUCUGGAGGGUGUUCUCCAAGCCUUAAGUGCAUGCAUGGUGUUUUCUGUUAUACCCUUCUCCUUAUGAACUUAGUUGACUGAUUGUAAUGAAGGUGAUGUCUUUUUUGGGGUGAUUGGGUUUGAGGUACGUCGUCUUGCCUCGGCCUUCUCCCGCUUCCGUCAACCUAAUAUUAGACCGUAGUCAUUAAAAAAGAAAGUCUUGUACUCCCGCCCGAACUUAUGAUUGGCUCAAUGUUCUUCGGCUGGACUUCUCCAAACAUUUUCUGGAACCCGUUAACCAGCCGUCCCCAUUCUACAUUCCUGAAUGCUGAAUACUCUGCUGUAACUCAAAAUUAGGAGGACAGACAGUUAAUUUUGGAAGCGCGGAAACCCCAUCUGUUCGGCGAACUUCCAUGUGAGAGUCUACCUGUACUCA